AUGUUUUCGCUUACAGCUGUAGUAGUUGGAAAUAAGGGAGUUCUCCUUGCUGUUCUCCUUGCUGUUCUGCUCCCCGUUCUACUCCUUGUUCUACUCUCAGUUUUAGGAGGCCCUCCAGGGAAAAAUGGGAGCGCUCCUCCACCGGAUGUCCCAGAUGAUCUUGAUGAUGAACUAGAGGUAGAAUUUCCAAGAGGGCGCGAUGAUGGUCUCCCUGACGCCGCAGAGCUGGAAGAGGUACUUCUUAAGGUUGGUAGACUGGUUGGCAGAGACCCGGAUGCUGGCACUGUGGAAUUCCCACGGGUUCGCGAUGCUGAUCUUGUUGGAACUCUCGAGGUGUUCAAAGAACCAGUUCCCAAGGGCACUGGUAUCUUCUCGGGUCCGUUUGUGCUUGUAGAUCUUGUUCCUGAUGAUGCAGAUGUUGAAUUGGAUCGACGACUGCUGGAUGAUACACCCCUAGAUCUGGACAUUGUUGGAUUACCAGUGCUGGUUUUGAAGGUUGGAUUUCUGGAGGAAACAGUGGAAUUUCUCCUAGGAGAAAAAGUACCUGGUCUAGCUGGCGUAGAGCUCGUUCUAGAUUGUGUUGGCUGA